AUGCAAUUAAGUAAGAAAGCUUUAUUUUCUCUAGCUACUUUGUUGGUUCAAGCCCUUUCUGUUCAAGCUCAAGGGGGUGAAGCCACUGCUCCAGAAGAUUCUUCUGUUGUCAAGUUAAACGCUGAAACUUUCAAUGAAUUUAUCAAGGAAAACCCAUUAGUCAUGGCUGAAUUUUUUGCCCCAUGGUGUGGUCAUUGUAAGAACUUGGCUCCACAAUACGUGGAUGCUGCUGCUCAAUUGGAAUCUAGAAACAUCCCAUUGGCUCAAGUUGAUUGUACUGAAAAUGAUGAAUUAUGUUUGGAACAUGGUAUCAGAGGUUAUCCAACCAUUAAAGUUUUCAAAGAUGGUAAUGUCACCCAUCCAACCGAUUAUGAAGGUCAAAGAUCUGCAGGUGCUAUUGUCAAAUUCAUGGUGAAAAACUCUUUGCCACCUGUUCAAGUCUUGAGUACUCAAGAUGAAUUAUUGGCUGCUUUGAAUGAAACCGUCGCACCGGUUAUUGUCGAUUCCGGUGUUGAAGGUUAUAAUGAAACUUUCUACAGCGUUGCCAAGGGUUUAAGUAUGGAUUACACUUUUAUCUCCUUUCCAGAUUCCAAAGCUAAAUCCAAGUUAACUUUAUAUUUACCAAAGGAUCAAGCUAUUACCAAAGAUACUGAAGAUAUUUUAGAAAAAUUCGAAAAAAUCGAAUUCGAUGGUGAUUUCAAGAAAUUAGUUAAAGAUGAAGAAAUCACUUCUAAUUGGAUUAAAGCUGAAGCUGUUCCAUAUUUCACCGAUUUAAACGGUGACAACUACAAAUCUUUCUUUGAAGCUGGUAUCCCAUUAGCCUACUUAUUCUAUAACGAUGAAGAAGAAUUACAACAAUAUAUUCCAAUCAUGACCAAGAUUUCCAAAGCUAACCGUGGUAAGAUGAAUUUCGUCCAUUUGGAUUCCAAGAGAUAUGGUAGAUUUGCUGAAAACUUGAACAUGAAACAACAAUUCCCAGCAUUUGCCAUCCAAGAUUUCGAAGCCAAUUUGAAAUAUGGGUUACCACAAUUAUCUGAAGAAGAAUUUGAAAAAAUUAAAGAACCUGCUCAAUUCACUGAAAAGGAAUUAUCCAAAUUAGUUAAAGAUGUUUUGAAAGGUAGCGCUGAACCAAUUGUCAAAUCCGAAGAAAUCCCAGAAACUCAAGAUUCUCCUGUUAUUAAGAUUGUUGCCAAGAACCAUGAUGAAAUUGUUAAUGAUUCUUCCAAGGAUGUCUUGGUUAAAUACUAUGCUCCAUGGUGUGGUCAUUGUAAGAGAAUGGCUCCAGUUUAUCAAGAAUUAGCUGAUAUUUAUGCAUCUGACAAGAAAUUAAAAGAUAAAGUUGUCAUUGCUGAAAUGAAUGGUGAAUUGAACGAUGUUGCUAGUGUCAAGAUUGAAGGUUACCCAACUCUUAUCUUAUACCCAGCUGGUAAGAAUUCUGAACCUGUAGAAUUCUCUGGUGCUAGAGAUUUAGAAACUUUUAUCAAUUUCAUUAAAGAAAACGGUAAAAACAGCGUUGAUGGUAAUGAAGCUUUGACAAGUUUAAGAGAAGAACAAGAAAAGGCUAAAGCCAAAGAAGAAGAAGAAGCUUUAGAUUUAGAUUUAGAUAACGAUGAUGAAGAUGUUGAAGAUGAAUUGGAAAAUGAUGAAUUGUAA